UAUGUUUUGUUGACAGGUGCGAUAAAACAUUAACUACCAUCAUGCAUCAGCCUGAGGUGGCGGAUGAAAAUGAAACUGAGAAAAGAUGGUGUUUAAACACACUAUAUUUCUCUUGGGAUAUUUAAUUUGUGUGAAUGGACAUGGGUUUUUAUUAGAUCCACCUCAGAGAUCUUCACUGUGGAGAAUUUAUCCUGGACAUUUCCCGCCAAAUUAUAACGAUAAUGCUCUGAACUGUGGAGGCAGAUUGUAUCAAUGGAAAGAGAAAAAUGGUCGUUGUGGAUCGUGCGGUGACCCAUUUGAUGACGUCAGACAGCACGAGGAUAAUGGACUCUACGAUAGCGGAUUUAUUUCUAGAAAUUAUACUUCAGGUUCAGAUGUUAUUUUGACUGUCAGAAUAACAUCCAAUCACAAAGGAUGGUUCGAAUUCAAAAUUUGUCCACGUGAUAACUUCCAAGGACCAUUGGAUACUUGCCUAGAAAAUCACAUUCUUGAAAUAGAUGGCCGAGGGAUUCGGUAUGAAUUAGGUCAAGCAUCUGGUGAUAUUGAGGUCAAAGUUAGACUGCCACCUGGUCUUACAUGCGGAAGGUGCAUAUUACAAUGGAAAUAUAAUACUGGCAACAGUUGGGGUUGUAAUGACAGUGGUUGCUGUGUCGGAUGUGGACCACAGGAACAAUUCUACAACUGUGCUGACAUUGGAAUUUACAAUUCUAAUGAACGAUAUGAUUUUGGUGAAAUACCCAUAAAAGAUCCUCUUUCAUUUUUACCUAAACCACUUCCAACAAGUAACCCAAAAGCUAGAACAUGCGAGGCUUCACCAGAUUACAGAGAUGUAGUCGGCAUGGAGAAAUGGUGUCAAGAUACGUGUCCAUUUUGUCCGAAAUCCCACUGUUUAUGUAAAUUUAUCUAAGAAUAUUUUCCUCUGUGUUAUAUUUAUAAAAACAACUACUUCUUUAUGAGUCGUCUUUUUAUUAAAAAAUACAACGUAUGUGUAACACAUCGAAAUUAUGAAAAACAAAGUUCACUAUGUGUAUUAUGAGCAUACGAACAAAAUAAAUGCAAUAAAAUGGAUAAUAAUGAC